AUUGACUAGACAGACAUCAAUGUGGAAGUCUAUCCAUAACUUCACAUAUUAAUAGCGGAAGUUGUAAUAAUUAGCACCAAUUACGUAUUAAUCUGUGUUUGUAUAUAUACCAGAAUGUUUCUCUGUAUUUUCACAAAGUUACCGACCAGCAAACAUAAUGAAAGCCACACUUGCCGUUGUCGCCGUCUUGGGUCUGUUUGCCCUGAACUGUGUUAGUGCUGAUGGUUACGGCAAUGGAGGUGGAUGGUCCGGGUAUGGUAAUCAAGGAUACGGAAUGGGAGGUUACCAAGGAUACGGUAAAUCAGGUGGUUACCAUGGAUACUCCGGAUAUGGAAAGAAGGGAGGCUACGUUGACGAAAUCACACACAUCCAACCAUACCCAGUCUAUGGAGGCGCUAUGGCUGGUCCAUUUGCCGGUGGAUAUGGUGGAGCAUUGGCCGGUGGUAUUGGUGGAGGCAUGGACGAUGGUCUUUUCGGAUUAGGUGGAGGACAAAACGGAGCUCUCCUGAUGUUUUUCCUCUUGUUUCUCCUUUUGAGCAACAACAAUGGCGGCAAUGGUCUAUUCGGUCGUUAAACAUAACUUAAUUGUAUAAUGUUCGGUGUCAUUAAUGAAUGAAGCUAUUAGAAUUACGAAAGCAGUGAUUAUUUGAGAAGCAUCUGCAGAUCAUGUGAACUCUAGUUUUUUUAAAUAAAAAAAAACAUGUAUACGCUUACAGUUUUGUAAAAAGUGUAUAAUUUAGUGCAUUGUAAUAGGAAUGAUGUGUGAUAUUGAAAAUAAA